AUGCGCAUCUUGCGCGCCCUACCGCGCGCUCGUCCAUCUGUUCCCUCCCCCAGAGCAGCCCGCACGACGGCAGCGCCCGCCUUCCACACCCUACGCCCCCUUCAGCAGUCCUCAAAGGCCAAGCAAGAAAAGCCGCCCGCGAUCGCCGAGAAGACAAAGCCCACCGAUCUGGCCGACUUUGACGUUCUGGGCUCGACACCGAUCCCCUCAACCAACAUCGAGGCGACUCUUCCGCGCGGCUUCCUCCUCAACAGCGGCCUCUCCAUCUUCGACGGCGCGGGCGCGCUGCUCGUUAACGGCGAGGCGUUUGCCUGGCGGCCGUGGCUCGCGAAGAGGAAGCCCGGCGUGUCCGAGGAGGAGAGCCUGACGCUUGUGAACAAGAAGGGACAGUUUGAGCUGCCGGCGGAGGCGUUUGCGGUGCUGUCGCUGAUGUGGCCACGGCCUGAUCUGCUUGUGCUCGGUGUUGGGCCGACCAUCCGACCUUUGAGCCCCGAGACGAGGAAACAUAUCAGUGCACUCGGCAUGAGGAUUGAGGUCCUUGACACGAGGAACGCGUCCUCCGAGUUCAACAUGCUGGCGACGGAGAGGGGAGUUGAGGACAUUGCGGCGGCACUGAUACCGCUUGGUUGGGUCGAGGGUAAGGGUGCUGUUGAAUAG